AAGUAAAAUAACUACACAGAGAGAGCGAGGCUGUGGUAUCGAAAUCAAAAAACGCUGAGAUUGACGGAGAGACCUUGUGUCUGACUACACAAUCAAUGGCUUCCCCGGACACGGGCGUGACGAUGAUUCCGGCCGGCGAGGGGCCGUCUUCCUCCGCUGCUACGGGGUCGUCCAAGAAGCUGCGGCGAUUUGAAAUCAAGAAGUGGAACGCCGUCUCUCUUUGGGCUUGGGAUAUUGUUGUGGAUAACUGUGCGAUUUGCAGGAACCAUAUCAUGGAUCUCUGCAUUGAGUGCCAGGCUAACCAAGCUAGUGCCACAAGUGAGGAAUGUACUGUUGCUUGGGGGGUUUGCAACCAUGCAUUCCACUUCCACUGCAUCAGCAGAUGGCUCAAGACCCGGCAAGUUUGUCCAUUGGAUAACAGUGAGUGGGAGUUUCAAAAGUAUGGACAUUAGGAGCUUUGUACAUCUGAAUGGUUGGUCCUAUGGCUUGUCGUAAGUGGAUUUUUGGAAACCAUCACCAUCCUUUCAGCCUAGACUUGGUCCCCAGAAAGCUGUGAACAAAAACUGUUAGCUCUGUCCCAAUUAUAAUUACCCUGUCCUAGGAAUAUCAUAUCAGACCUGUUUCCUGCUGAACAAACUCGGUUGGUCCCUAUACAUAUACACUUGUUUCAUGCA